CUUCAGGAAGUGACCAUGGCUGGCCUGCAUGAGCUACGAUUCACGGAAGAGAAGCCGCUGCUUCGGGGGCAGGAUGCUGAGAUGGAGAAUUCAGAUACUUUCCUGUCUGCAGUGGACACGGACUGGAAGGAGCACGAUAUCGAGACCCCUUACGGGCUGCUGCAUGUGGUCAUUCGGGGCUCUCCAAAGGGGAAUCGCCCGGCUCUCCUAACUUACCAUGAUGUGGGACUCAACCACAAGCUUUGCUUCAACACUUUUUUCAACUUUGAGGAUAUGCAGGAGAUCACGAAGCACUUCGUUGUGUGCCAUGUGGAUGCUCCUGGGCAACAAGUAGGAGCGUCACAGUUUCCGCAGGGGUACCAGUAUCCUUCCAUGGACCAACUAGCUGCCAUGCUGCCUAGUGUGGUCCAGCAUUUUGGAUUCAAGUAUGUGAUUGGAAUUGGAGUGGGAGCUGGUGCCUACGUCCUUGCGAAAUUUGCCCUGAUCUUCCCCGAUCUGGUGGAAGGCCUUGUUUUGAUCAACGUCGACCCAAAUGGCAAAGGCUGGAUUGACUGGGCAGCCACUAAGAUCUCUGGCCUGACCAGCACUUUACCUGACUCUGUGCUGUCUCACCUGUUCAGCCAGGAGGAGCUAGUGAGUAACACGGAGCUGGUGCAAAGCUAUCGGCAGCAGAUCGGGAGCAUGGUGAACCAAUGUAACCUGCAGCUCUUCUGGAACAUGUACAACAGCCGCAGAGACCUGGACAUUAAUCGACCUGGGAGUGUCCCAAAUGCCAAAACACUCCGCUGCCCUGUGAUGCUGGUGGUGGGAGACAAUGCCCCGGCUGAAGAUGGCGUGGUCGAGUGUAACUCCAAGCUGGAUCCAACCAGUACCACUUUCCUGAAGAUGGCUGAUUCUGGUGGUCUCCCCCAGGUCACACAGCCUGGAAAACUGACUGAAGCUUUCAAGUACUUUCUGCAAGGGAUGGGCUACAUUGCAUACCUGAAGGACCGAAGGCUGAGUGGAGGAUCAGUGCCCUCUGCAAGUAUGACACGCCUGGCCCGUUCCCGCACAGCUUCCCUGACCAGUGCCAGCUCGGUAGACGGUAGCCGCCCCCGGGCUUGCACUCAUUCCGAAAGCAGCGAGGCCAUGGGGCAGAUCAACCACACCAUGGAGGUGUCGUGCUGAGUGUCUCCAGCGGCCUCUUCUUCAGGGGAGCCCUCGAGCAUCUGCACAUCGAGUCGCCUCCAGCCAGCUCCAUUCUCUGCAGCUUCUGUGGCUUUGAUUUUCUUUGCUGUCUUGCUUUUCCUUUCACUUUAACGGGAUUCAGAGUGGGAGGUGGGGAGAGUGGGAAGCAGCAGCAGAGCGAGACACACACACCAGCUACCUUCACUUUUAGGUCCAAGUUGAAGUAACCACGUUCCCUUGCCCUGUCCGAGUCACUACCAGUUCCUUUCCUCAUGGAGAUGAAGGAGGCGGGACUUUUCCUCUGUACACACUGAGGCUAGGCAAGCAGCAAGGGCCGGGUGGUGGUGGUGGAUAUGGCUGGCAAACUGGAGUGCACCUCCCAGCCCUCACAGAGCGCCAUUUGGCCUGGGGGUAAAAAGGGACAUUGCUGAUUGUGUCUCUUGUCAUCCUUGGUGAGUUUUAAAUGUACCCUGAAGAAAGAAAAUUGCAACCUGGUUGGUACUCCUCCCCCCAUAACUCCAGCCCUGAUCUUGGAGUGCAGGCUUUGGGCCAAAAUUUCUCGGCAGUCAUGUUUUGGGCAGUCUAGGGCUGGUGUUUUAUAGCACUGACAGAUAACAUGGUGCCUGUGUGUUUUGU